UUGGUUCUGGAGCAUCCAACCACAAAUCUCUCGGUAAGGGUAUAAAAGUCAACUUUGAAUCUCCUUUGAAGACAGACCUUGACAGCACUCGCUUCAAUCAGUAUCAGUUCGUCCUUCAGCGACCAAACCCUCAGAAAUCAAUAAUCAUGAAGUGCAUCGCAGCUGUAGUCAUGAUGGCUUUGGCCGUUGUUGCUGAGGCAAACACCGUCGCUUAUUCCGUCCCGCUGGCCUACUCGGCUCCCCACACCACCGUUGUCCAGCAGAACGUGGCCCCACGGUACGUCGCUUCGGUUCCGGUGACCUACGCCGCUGCUCCGUACACCACCUAUGCCGCCGCUCCAGUUGCCUACUCUGCCUACUCCGGAUACACCGCCCCAGUGGCCACGACCUACGUCCAGAACUCCGUCGUUCCCCAGUAUGCUGCUCCGGUGGCCUACGCUGCUGCCCCAGCCGUCCGUUACUCCGUCGACUCCGAAGUCGUUGAAGCUACCCAAGUUGUGGCCCCAGCUGCCACCGUUGUUGCCCAGCCCGCCGUGGCCGUGUACGCCCAGAAGGAAGCUCGCUAUGUGGCCGCCAACCGUGGAGCCGUCCAUGAUGCCCCACUCGCCGGACAUGCCGUGUCCCAGCAGUCGCUGAACCUGGAACCAGCUGCGGGAACCGUUUAAAUUCCGUGUUGCUUGCGAAGAACUGAUCCCAACCCUGAUACUGACCCCAAUGCAACUUAAUAUUGCAUUGCAAUUUAGUGAUAUAUUUUAAGAAACAAGUCAAGUCGAAUAAAUGCUGUUUGUUUGUAAUUUAAAA